GUUGACGGCACCCAUCGACUUCGAUACUAGGAAAAAAAUACAAUGGAUGUCAAUGGUUGCCGUCAACUCUGGUUGGGAUGUUAAUUGAUGCUUUAAUAUUCAUCAAGUCUGCAUGUGUAAACCUAACAACUUGCAUUCACAUCAUAACAAGCCUAUGUUAAAUUGAUUUUGUUUUAGGUUUGGAAUAUUGCAUCAAAUAAGCUUUCCUUUCUAAACUCCUAUAAGAUGAAGAUGUCGGUCAUAUUGGGAGUCGGUCAUAUGCUCCUUGGAGUGACCCUGAGUUUGGCAAACUUUGUACAUUUGGGGAAAUUCCAGGACAUUUCACUUCAGUUUGUUCCACAGCUGAUCUUCAUGCUCUCUCUCUUCGGAUACCUGAUCUUCCUCAUCCUCUACAAAUGGUCCAUCACCCUGCGCUCUGAAAUGGCUCCCAGCAUCCUGCUGCUCUUCAUCAACAUGAUGAUGUUUGAUUACCAGCCGGAACACAAGUUUCUUUACAGAGGACAGAAAGCUGUUCAGAUCUUCUUGGUUGUGAUGGCUGUGCUCAUGGUUCCUGUGCUGCUCUUGGCCAAACCCCUCCUCAUCUACAGGACCCGAAUGAAAGCCAGACACCAGGUGUUUGGAAACAAUGAUCAGCAUGGAACAGAUACCGGUUUCUCUUCACAGCAUCAGAAAUAUGAGAUGGUGGUGAGCAUAGGUGACGUGUUUGUGAACCAGGCCAUCCACACGAUCGAGUACUGCCUGGGCUGCAUCUCCAACACGGCCUCGUACCUUCGGCUCUGGGCGCUCAGUCUGGCUCACGCAGAGCUGUCGGAGGUGCUUUGGCGGAUGGUCCUCCAGGUGGGGCUGAAGCUCUCCUCUGGUGUAGGUCCACUCGUGCUGGUUCUGCAGUUUGCUGCUUUUGCUGUUCUCACCGUGACUAUUCUUCUGAUCAUGGAGGGCCUGUCUGCUUUCCUGCAUGCUUUACGACUGCAUUGGGUUGAAUUUCAGAACAAGUUUUACGAGGGAUCCGGCUACAAGUUCACACCCUUGUCCUUUGACAGCAUGUAAAAACACAGCAUUAAUAGUCACUAUUUGUACUAUUCUUUUAGUUUUUAGUGCCAUUACAGUUUUGCGAAUGUAAAAAAUGCUUACUUUCAACCAGGGGACUUCAACAGGGGUCUCCCAAUUAUUAAGUUUUGUGAACAAAAUGAAAAUAU